AUGGACGACUUGCCAUUAACAGAAGGAGAUCAGAACCGACAUCUCAAGAUUGGUUCCAAUCUGACCGAAGGAUUGAGGAGAAGAGUGAUAGACUUCCUCAGGUCUAACUCCGACUACUUCGCUUGGUCCCACGCAGACAUGCCUAGGAUCGAUCCGGAAGUCAUCAUGCACAAGCUGCAGGUGGAUCCUCUACAUCAACCCGUUAGACAAAAAAGAAGGAAAUUUGCUCCGAAAAGAGACACAAUCAACAACGAUGAAGUCAAAAGCCUGCUCGGCGUGGGGUUCAUUCGUCAGAGCAUCGAGGCCAACCAGGAGAAAACAUGGGCCAUUCAUUCAAUCCCUUCACCGAAGAACGUCAAGGAGGUUCAAAAGCUAACGGAAAGGAUGGCGGCCUUGAGCAGGUUCAUCUCCAAACUCUCCGACAAAUCUCAUGCCUUCUUCGGAACCCUCAAGAAUCCAAGGGACUUCCAAUGGACGGAAGAGUGCGAAUCCGCUCUCUAA